AUGGGCUUGCGUUAUUCAGACAGGCAGAAUGUUCUAGCUAGCUGUAAUCAAGUGUCACGAAACGUCUUCCCAUGUGUUGUUUUUGUGUUUUCGCUCUUCUAUCCCUCUCGUCUUCAUCCGCCAUUCAAACGCCCUAAAGUCGCCGCUAUGGAGGAUGAUAGUCAGCCGUUUGACCCAACUCAGUGGGACUACGACGAUCUCGACUUUUGCACGCCUCAACUGAGAGGCACCAACACCUGCGGCGUAAGCCUCGCUGACCCAAGCCCGUCGCCGAGCUCGCACCAGAGAUCCAGAUUGCCGCUGCUUCAAUUAGACGACUGGGAUCCAGACGACACAUAUGACGAAUGUCCUCCUACAUCUGUCCAUUACUCAAUCGAGUGGAAGCUGCAGCUGCGCAAGGGAAGGCUUUCUAAGCUUACAAAUGACACGGAACAGAACCUUGUGCUGGCGCCCGGCGCUUUGUGGGAGACGACUCUCAAAGAUAAAGUAGACAGGCUAUUGAGGCAGAAAACUCCGCGGGGUAAAAGCUACCUACCCGAAGAGACCAUCGUUGUCGUCUCCGUCACCGACCGCAGCGAACGAGACCUCACGAAGCGAUUCGACGAAUUCGAUAUCGACUGGCAAAUGGCUGCAGAGCAACUCUGCAAAUGGAGUCCUCUUUUUCGGGCAGGAAAGAAGCUCAGGAUUGACAUUUCGUUCAUCUGUAAGGAAGAGCCUUAAGGCUCUAGGGUAGUGCAAUAACCCGGCAGCUCGCCCAGAGGGACCAGUUGCUGGAGACACAAGAGACUGCUGGCCAGCCCUGUGUCUGGAAAGACGUGUAUGACCUUAUGCGAUGCAAUGGAAACUUAUGCCAGGGCUCAUACUGCUAUGUUAAUGAGCAAAGAAAGCAUAUUGGACUAAAUAUAAACCUUUUGACUAAGAUGGUU